AUUGUGACCAUCCAAUACUCAAUUUAAUGCUGAAUGACCUUGUGAAUAACACUUUAUUGGAUCCUUCUCUAUUUACAACGAGAAAAUAUUGCUAAAAGUACUUCACACGUUGCUCUUUGAUGCAAUUUGAUCAUUCAUAAUCUAUGCAGCCAGGUAGCAUUGUAUUAAAUCUAAGUCAGCUAAAUUUGUUUUCUUGAGCAAAGUCUUAAAAUAAAAUGCUGGGUUUGGAAUGAAAGUGACAUCGCAGCAACUGAUAUCUUAGUUAACAUUUUAUCAUAUUUUACCCAUUUCAAUAAGCAGAUAAUUUUAAUAAGCAGAUAAAAGCAAUUUUUCGUUCUAAAAGUAUAUUCGACUCAGCUUCAAAAUGGUAGGCGUUGUGUUCUAAAACAUGUUACUGCGCGACUUGUCUGUAAAAUUUCAGCUGUUCAUUUGCAUAUGCUAAUAAGCAGUGCUCAUAACGCCUUAUAAAAGAAAUGCAUAGAUGAUAAAAUAUCAUUUUGCUUAUCUUCUCUUGCAAAAUCUUUUUUACGUAUGACUGAAUGAAAAGUAUAGCAGGUGGUUGUUGCAAUUAUGUCGUCAAAGUAUGAGGUAAGAAGAGGCCUCCCAACAAUACUGAAGUCAUUGAAAACUCUACUUCCGUCCUUCCACAAGGUUUCAAUUGCAAAACGGAUGGAAAUGACAGACGUCAUAGCACUAUUUGGUGCAAUCAAUAUCAGUGGAACUGGUCGCAUAGACAAAGACGAAUUUGCAGAUUUAUUCUAUCAUCUUGACUUGGAUAUCUCUGAAGAGUACCUUAUAAAGCUCUUCAAUGCCGCAGAUCGUGAUGGUAGCGGGGCAAUAGAAAUUGGUGAUUUUCUCACGACAUUCCACGAAAGCAAGAAAGAACAAGGAGUAUACGAAACGAGGUUAAAGGAAACUUUUGAAAUGAUGGAUUUGGAUAACGAUGGCUACCUAUCUAGAGAAGAAAUCAAGGAAUGCAUUCUGGCGACUUGCAGAGACACCCCUGAAGCAAUGAUUUUCAGUUUAAUUGAGGAUGCAGACACAAAUGAAGAUGGCCAUAUCAGCUACACCGAAUUCUUAGAAAUGUGGAGAACAUACGGAAAAAAUGUCACAAAAGAUCGUGCUGACAGUUUGUAUGAAAUAAUUACAAGCCAAGCAACCGACGGGAGAAUCAAACAAAAAGCGCAGUCUAAAUACGUGAACGAAGAGACAAUGACAACUCAACUGCACGGUACGAGCCGCAUCAAACGUAAACCGUGACAAAAAAGAAAAUCAAGAGAAAACGUACCGAAAUUUUGGGUAGCUGUGGUGGUCUGUCACAAUGUUCUUCAGAGUUCGUGCCUUUGCUUCAGCGUCACACCAAAUCUAAAAAUCAUAUUUAGUUACAAUUAACAAAUAACAUAAACAAGAAAUUUACUAUUAUUUGGUAAUAUUUGAGCCCGAAAAAGGAUUUCUUCAAUGUUAAUUACGAGACAAAGGGAAAAAGUGGCCUAAAUAUACGAAGACAAAGUGAUUUAUACAUUCUUAUACAUAAUCUGACGCUUUAAAUAGUCUAUCAACAUUAAUGUACAGAAGAUUGGGUUUACAACAAGCACAAACGUUAUGAGUUGUGGCGAAAUGAAGCUUGAUCAGCUGAUUCUUUAUGCAAGAUAAAAGAUACGAGCACGCCUAAAUUAGUGUCAGUUUUAUGGAGAAAUAAUCCAAUAUUUGAACUUAUCAUAUCUCAAAAAUGGCACGAUGCCGCAUGUUGAAUUUUUCAUCAAUUGAUCUUCACGAGCCCAAAAAUAAGAUGACAUUGGAAAGUAUACCCGGAAAAUAAGCACACUUUCAUAAUACUAUAAAAAUGAUAAUGGCGACAUAAUUCGGAUUAUUAGUCAAGCCCGGUCGUCGGUCCAUCAAGCAGCUUUGGAAUCUAUCUACGGAAGCACGAAAAAAACCGCUAUUGUGUAGACAAAAGGAGUUCGUUUUCACCUUAGGACUCCAUUGGUAGCAUUCUUUAUAGGCAAGCGGCGCUGAUUGGUCAAUCUCAACAGUCAUGUGCUCGUGUUUCUGUUUGGCCUAUUUUGAUCCACAACUGGGUAUACAUAUUUCCUAGCGUAGAGUUUUCGUUUAAUGUUCUGACGUUUUAAACUUCGAUAAUUAUUUACUAGAGACAAAAAACAAACAAGAAUGACAUUCUGCAAUUUCAAAGUAGGAGAAUAUGCUCCAUAUUUUUGCAAAAGAUCAUGGGAAAUUCCCACGAUGCCGCAUCCUGAAAUUUUUUCUAUUUUUACAGAAAAAGUCAAAACUACUUGUAAAAUAUUGCCUUUAUUGCCGGAAUAUAGGCCAAAAUUUUAAUUUAUGUACCAAAUUUUUAGUACUUUACUGCUUUUCUCGAUAGGCCUAGGCCUAGACCUAGGACACUUUAGCUUGAAAUUGUAGCAUAGAGAAAUUUGCCCUUAUCAGUUAAAUCGUCUAUUUCACUCCCUAAAAAGAAAGUAGAAGAAAGGUUCAAGUAAAAAGUUGGUUUUCUCAUGCGCACGCAAAAAACAUUGUUGCUCCAUGUUGUGUGCCCAAAAAUUUCCCUAAAACUUGGCUAAUUCUGGUUCACAUAACCAGAGUGAAGUAUUCCAGUUCAUGUAACUGGAUUGACAUAUUCUGGUUCAUAUAAUCGGAUUGACGUAUUCCGGUUCACAUAACCGGAUUGACUUAUUCUGGUUCAUAAAAGAAACAAUAUUCUGAUUGUGCAUCUUGAUAGCACGCUUUGUUUAAAAACGUGCAAUACGGCGGGAAAUAAAUUCAGAAACAACGAAGUAAGAUAGACAUGCAGGUUGUAAAUACUCCAAUAGUUUCCAAACAAAUACAGUACCUUUUCUGCAAAAUGCAAAGUCACUGCCUGAAGAAAAUGAAGGGGAAAAUUUUGAAUUGAACGGGAGCACCUUGUACGAUUUGUAAGGCCCUGCUCUCUAAACCAAGGCAUUAAGAGCGUGAUGCAUUAUUUCCUAUUCAAGAAGUUUUAGAAACUGAGGACAUGCAUAUCUGACUCCCCAAAUUUAAAACUGGGCCUUGAACUCUUGCAACUAUUCGGUACCACCCAUUCACAGCUACUUCAAAUCAUUAUACAAACGGUGACCCUAUUCCAGUAACCUUUCGAUAAAAUCUGAUAAAAUAUGAUUUUCGAUAAAAUCAUAACGAUAUUAUCGGAUUUGAUUUUAUUGCUGGAAAAAAAACGUAAAUUUAUAGCCUGAAUAUUAGCCUGACC